AUGAACUCGCCGACAGGCAGUUACCUGGAUGAAGAGGCCUCUGCGAGCAUGGAGAGCCUUCCUAUUGAAGAGCUGGAGGAUGAGGAUGAAGAUCUCUACUAUAUUCCUGAAAGAAGACCCUCUCUGGAUCUUGGGCAAAGUCCUGGGGAAACAGGCGUAUUGGUUCAUGUGGAGCAGCCCAAGUCCCCAGUUGUAAGUUACACGUCAAUGAGUAGUGAAGGAAUUAGUAGUUCUAUUAACUCAUCAGAGGAUGAUCGAUCAAAUACAACGGUUCAUCUGCAAAGAACUGACUCUUUCUCUUCCUGUUACUCUGUGGACAGUGAUGACUGUGAAAUAAGAACAUUAAAAGUUAAACAAGGAGAUGGUGCAGAUGAUGAUACAGAUGAGAAUUUGAUUUCAACAUUUAGCAAAAAUACCAAUGAGAUUUCUCAUUCUUCUCUCACAAUUCCAUUUGUUUUUAAGGCUAUUUGUAAAGUCCUCCAGAAGCUGAAACCCCAGGGUUUUGAUGCGUUUCGGAAGUCCUUGUGGCAGCACUACCCACAGUCUUUCAACACCGCUCCACAAACCAUGGAUAUUGUAAACGUAGUGGACCGGCUGCUUGAGUGCUAUGGCCUACAGUCUCUGCAAAUUACUAAGACUCGGCUGCGAGACCUUGAGCUGAGGAGGCUGGUUGACUUUCUGGAUGACUUAGAAUUACAAAAUGAAGUGCAAUAUGAAUUAAGGCAGAGGUUGAAGAUGAUGUAUGGAGCAGUGGAAUGUUCGCAAGGAGAUGAAAAACCUUUGGAUGAAGUCUUUAUUGAUCUUCACAUCAAAUCAGUGCAUGACAAUGGCCCCAAUAUUGAACAUGAAAUUUGUGCCAAACCAUAUUCAACAAGGAGGGCGCACAGGCGAAACUACCCAAAGGAAUUACCUACUGGUACACAAGGCUUUUACUAG